CAGUAAAAUAAUACACUUCCGUUAAAAACAAUUUCGCAUAAAAAUUUAGAAUUCGAUAUUUAUUAAAAAUAUGGCAGUUGCAUCUAAUACAAAUUCAGGGGCAUUUGAGAUCGCAAAAGCAGGGUGGCUCAACCGCCAAAGUACAAUACUAAAACGUUGGAAAAGGUCUUGGUUGGUCCUGUAUGUUGAUGGGAUUUUAAAGUACUUUGAAAGCCCAGACAGUCAUGUUGCUGAGGAUGUCGUACUGAUGCACAAAGAUGUACGAUGUAUGCAAACUGGCACAGCUUGUUUAGCUGCACCACCAGAUGGAGCCUCAAUCAAUUGUCUGUUUGCUGUUGUAAGGACCAAUGGAGAGAGAUGGGUGUUUUCUGGAGCCGACCAAGAUGAUGCAAAGGCUUGGCAUAUAGCCCUGGAACAGGCUCGAGCAAUGAGGCCUCCUCAGUCACAAUCUGCACCUCCACCCUACAUUGAUGGGCAACAGAUUCAUAUGAACCAUGGCCUAUUUGGUAGAACAAGACAUGGUAUAGUUCACCAGAGGCCACUCGGACAAGUCACUGUAAUUCACAAUGGUGGGAAUGUGUACUGUCCCUCUCCUGGCCAGCAACAGAUGUACACGGUACACCAUAAUGGGCAACCAGUGCAAUAUUACAUUGUACCAGGUGCACAGCAAGGCCAGACAACAAUAGUUUAUGCUGAUGACCCUUACUGUAGCAGGCAUAACAGGUAUUGCAGAUGCAACAGGUGUGAUGGUAUUGGAUGGGCAGGAGGUAUGUUUGCUGGUGCAGCCUUGGGAACAGCCAUGAUGAUGCCAUUGUUGUGGUGGUAACUAUAGUAAUGUUUCCAUGGUGAUACAUGGACUCAAG